CUCCGCCCCCUUCCCGCCCACCGCCCGGUCCGCCCCGGCCGGCCCGGCCCGGCCCGGCGUCGCCGCGGCAACCGGCGGCGGCUUGGUCCGGCACGGAAAGCGGUCCCCGGCGCCGCGCCGGAGCUGCUCUCCGAGCCGGGUGGCCGGUCCUGAGGGCAAGCUGCUCCCGGGAGGCGGCUACCGCCCCGGCUGGCACCUCUCCGUAGCCACCGCCACCGCCCGCCGGGCCCGAGAGCGGCAGGAGAGCCCCCCGGGCUGGGAACGCUGCCCGCGGCCCCGGCGCUCGCAGGGGACGGCGCUCGCAGCCGCUCCCGGAAGCCGCCUCAGACGGGGAGACGUGUCGCGGGCGCUGCCAUGGCCGAGCCGAGCCGGCUGGAGCGGCUGGAGCGGCGUGUGCGGGAGCUGGAGGAGCAGCUGGCCCGGGAGAAGGGCGAGCGGGGAGAGCCGCGGGCCCGCAUCGAGGUGAUGAGCCCGGAGGUGACGGGCUCCAACCCCUACAGUCGCUUGAUGGCAUUAAAAAGAAUGGGAAUUGUCAAAGACUACGAGAAAAUCAGAACCUUUACAGUUGCAGUAGUAGGUGUAGGUGGAGUUGGCAGUGUGACUGCUGAAAUGUUGACAAGAUGUGGCAUUGGUAAGCUGCUUCUGUUUGAUUAUGACAAAGUGGAACUGGCAAACAUGAACAGACUCUUCUUCCAACCUCAUCAAGCUGGAUUAAGUAAAGUGCAAGCAGCAGAGCAUACUUUGAGGAAUAUUAAUCCUGAUGUUCAAUUUGAAGUACAUAACUACAACAUCACAACACUGGACAACUUUGAACACUUCAUGCAUAGAAUAAGUAAUGGUGCACUGGAGGAAGGGAAGCCUGUCGACCUUGUUCUAAGCUGUGUGGACAACUUUGAAGCUCGCAUGGCAAUUAACACAGCCUGCAAUGAACUUGGACAAAUCUGGAUGGAAUCUGGAGUGAGCGAAAAUGCAGUGUCAGGCCACAUACAGCUGAUCAUUCCUGGUGAAUCCGCUUGUUUCGCGUGUGCUCCUCCGCUUGUAGUUGCUGCAAAUAUUGAUGAGAAAACAUUGAAACGGGAAGGAGUUUGUGCAGCUAGUCUUCCUACAACUAUGGGUGUUGUGGCAGGAAUGCUUGUACAGAAUGUUCUGAAAUACCUGUUAAAUUUUGGUACGGUGAGUUAUUAUCUUGGUUACAACGCGAUGCAGGAUUUCUUUCCAACUAUGUCUAUGAAGCCAAAUCCACAAUGUAGUGACCAAAACUGCAGAAAACAGCAAGAAAUCUACAAGAAAAAAGAAGCUGCACGACCAAAACAUGAAGUAAUUGAAGAGGAAGAAGAAAUAGUACAUGAAGACAAUGACUGGGGCAUCGAGUUAGUAUCUGAAAUGUCAGAAGAUGAGCUGAAGGCUGCAUCUGGCCCAGUACCUGAGCUUCCUGAGGGAAUUACAGUGGCAUAUACUAUUCCAAACAAGGAAGAAAAUUUGAUCACUGAAGAAACGGCAGCCGAGUCUGAAGAAAGCCUAGAAGAACUCAUGGCCAAAAUGAGAAACAUGUAGCAAAACAAAUAUUAAUUGCAACUUUUGGGGGUUUUGAUUGACAUUGAAUUUUGAGAAGACCCUUUUUUUUUUUUUUUUUUUUUACCUCCACUGAAGCUUAUCUUUACAUUUCUGACAAAAUGGAACUGUUACAAGGGCAGGAAGGAAAGAAAACUGCCUUGUUUAUAU